AAAAUCUCUCCUUUUCGUUUCUUCAUUUCUAUUUUCUUUUGGGUCUCUGCUUCCUCAUUUUCAGUCUCAAGUUCUGCCCUUUUUCUUUAAUUGGUUAUUAAUUACUUGGCUUCUCUCAAUCAUAGAUCCAAUAAAUCUCCCAGGAACCACGGGGAUUCCCUGCUUCUUUCGCUGAAGCAAUAGAUUCUGAUUCUCGUCCAAUAUUUGAUUUUCUCAACUGGGUUUUGUUGGACUUGUAAAUUCUGUGUUGCUGGGUUUCAAAGUUGAUUCCUUUUGACUUUUUGGAUUCUGGGUAUCAACUCUCUUCUUGCUUUCUGAUUAGUCUCUCUUGUUGCUGAAUUGGGAUAUUUUGCUUUGCCACUUAUCAGAGUUACGAAGCUGAAGCUUCUUUGGAUUUAAACUUUCCAAAGCCUUUGAUAAUUCGAAGCUGAAAAUGACGAUUGUGAGCACCGCACCUAAGACUGAGAGGAAGAAGUCAAGGAAGAACAAGGCAAUAGUUAAUGAGAACGCUCCCUUGUUGCCUAAGACUCAAGAGAGUGAUGCUGGUUUUGAUGAUUUCAAUGGAGCUUCAUUCUCGGGAGCAGUUUUCAACUUGUCAACAACAAUCAUUGGUGCUGGGAUCAUGGCCUUGCCUGCAACCUUGAGGGAGUUGGGGAUGUUGCCUGGCCUCGCCUUCAUAGUCUUCAUGGCUUUGUUGACUGAGAAGUCAAUUGAGUUCUUGAUCAGGUUCACCAGGGCAGGAAAAGCUGUUUCCUAUGGUGGCCUCAUGGGGGAUUCAUUUGGGAAAUAUGGGAAAGCACUUGUGCAGCUAUGUGUCAUAAUCAAUAACAUUGGUGUGCUCAUUGUUUACAUGAUCAUAAUUGGUGAUGUGCUGUCUGGAACAUCUGCAAGUGGAGAACAUCAUUCUGGUAUCCUUGAAGGAUGGUUUGGUGCACAUUGGUGGACCGGGAGGACAUUUAUUGUCCUGUUUACAACACUGGCUAUAUUUCUUCCACUGGCAAGCUUUAAGCGAAUUGAUUCCUUGAGAUUCACAUCUGCACUCUCAGUUGCACUGGCAGUUGUUUUUCUUGUCAUUGCUGUGGGAAUCUCAGUUGUCAAGGUUAUUAGCGGGGGCAUUGCAAUGCCAAAACUCUUCCCAGCCAUUCCCGAUGUGACAUCGUUCUUUAAUCUAUUCACUGUGGUUCCUGUGUUUGUGACUGCAUAUAUCUGCCACUACAACGUUCACAGCAUAGAUAAUGAACUUGAGGACUCCUCACAGAUGCAAGGGGUUGUACGCACUGCCCUUGGUUUAUGCUCUUCCGUGUACUUAUUGAUAAGCUUCUUCGGGUAUCUUCUAUUUGGCGAAGGAACUCUUGAUGACGUGCUUGCCAAUUUUGAUACCGACCUCGGAAUCCCUUUCAGUACCGUCCUCAAUGAUGCUGUCCGAUUGAGCUACGCUGCACACCUCAUGCUUGUAUUUCCAGUUGUUUUCUAUCCGCUGCGGCUCAACAUAGAUGGUCUCCUCUUCCCUUCAUCAAGGCCCUUGGUUCUGGAUAACUUCAGAUUUGCAACAGUCACUGUUGGCCUAAUUGGUGUGAUCUUCCUUGGCGCAAAUUUCAUACCUAGCAUUUGGGAUGCUUUCCAGUUCACCGGAGCAACUGCUGCUGUCUGUCUAGGAUUCAUAUUCCCGGCUGCCAUUACUCUUAGGGACAGGUACAACAUAGCGACCAAGACAGAUAAGAUUCUAUCUGUGCUGAUGAUAGUCCUUGCAGUCUUCUCAAACAUUGUGGCCAUAUACAGUGAUGCCUAUGCUUUGAUCAAGCAGAACAAGGGUUCUCGCGCGUAAUCCGUGUUGCACGAGCACAAGUUCUGCGAAAACUGGCAGUAGAAUCAUGGUCAGCCUCUCACAUGGAAACAAGUCAAGUGGCAGGGGCAGUUUGAAAAUCAGGGUUGAAUAAAAAUGAGAAGCUACACUCUGUACAAAUUUGCUUCAGGAGUGUCGAGAGGCAUGGCUUGCACUGUAACAUGCAUUCAGCCUCCCUUUGUCAUGUGCUAUCUUUUUGUGAACAUGUAAUAUUUUAGUCCUGCUUGUAGUUUAAGAUUCCUCUCUUUUCCCCUGAAUUAUUUUACUCAUAAGUGUAAUAAGCUAUUGUUGGCAUUGUCAUGUAUUUUUAUACAACCUAUGAAUUAUGUUCUAUAUGCAAGUGGUAUGAUCCAAGAAUUGAACAUCA